AUCUCGGUUAACUUAACACGGCGCCGCUCGCGCUCCGCCCUGGAGCAGAGAAAGCCACGACUGUUGCUUCUUUAUGCUGGACUCGGGAGACGGCCGCGUCCUCACCGCGUUUCGGCUUUAUAACCGCCAACCGUUCGGUAUCAGCGUUAGCUACCCGCCCGUCGUCGCUCGGUAACUCUCGGGAGACAUGAACGGCAAGUCGGCGAACGGCACGGCGGGAGGAAUGGCCUGCAUCGAGGGUCUGCCGCCGCUGCCGAAGAGCCUGAGCGGGCUGCUGAACUCGAGCGGCGGCUCGUGGAGGGACAUGGAGAGGAUGUACGUGAAGAAGACCAUGAUCCAGGACGACCUGAGCCGAGGCAGGAACAACACCGACAGCCUGCUGGCCAGCAAGCCGGCCAACCUGGACGCGGCUCUGGCUCUCCUGCGGAAAGAGAUGGUGGGGCUGCGGCAGCAGGACAUGUCGCUGCUGUGCCAGCUGUGGUCCCUCCACGAGUCCAUCCAGGAGUACAAGGGGAGCUGCCACGACCUGAGCGCCGCCUCCAGCCUCAGCAUGAUUGAGAACGGCUACUUCGACGAGGACGACGAGUAUUACCAGGAGCCCGGCGCCACUCCCACCGGGGAGCAGCCGGACGGCGAGGCCGGGGCCCACGCCGCCGCCGCCGCCGCCGUUGACGCGGCCAAGAGUCGGAGCCUCGGCAGAGAGGACAGCUGGGACUCAUUCCGCGUCAACAUCUAAGGCGCUUCUCUGCAGACGGAGCGGCGUUCUGGGGGCUGAGCCGGGCUGUGAGGAGGGAGUGGAGUGGAGAAAGCAGGCUGGAGGAGGGGGGGGGGGUUUGGUGUCACAGCGGGCCGCUGAACAGGAAGUCCUCAGGUGAAACGUACGCCUGCUUGUCGUGUCAGACCAGAGGAGGUGUUCAAAACCAGGACUCUAUAUUCUCUGCUUCUCCUGCCUCAGCCAGUCUCUUUCUUUUUCUUUUUUUUUUUUUUACAUAAUCAAAACAUAUGAACAAAGUUUUAUUAUUUAUUACAUAAUAUAAAUAACAAAGUAGUCUCUUUCUUUUUAGUCAUUUUGUACACAGGGUACAAGCAGGAAGGCUGCAAAUACCAGAAAUGUGGACUUUAAAACCUGAAGGUUGGGAUUUUUCUAAAGAUGACUUGUAGCUCUUCAUCAGGAAGAGGAUGUAGCUGGAUGGAGUGAGUGGGGGGGGGGGGGGGUGCUGGCAGGAAGCAGGAGCAGAGCUGCUUUACUGCGCAGGGAGGACUUCUUCCUUCAGAAGGAGAGGAAAUCAUCUGGUUUAAAGGGUCAGUGUAGCAUCACCUGUUACAACCAGAGUUUACUGAGCAGGACUUCAGGAUCACACACAGACAACAUCUGAGGAGGCCGCAGUGUUUUCAUACAUCUAAACCAGCGGGGGGGGGGGGCGCGAUCUGCAGAAAGUAACUUUCCGUUGCUGCCUUCACGCUCCGCUGAAAGCAGCAGCAGCAGCUCAGGACCUGGUCGUGUGUAAAUCAUCUGAGCCGAAUGUCUUCCUGCACAUCUGCAUCCUUUCUGCUUCCUUCUGACACCGUAGCAGAUGAACUUUUCUAUUAAAAAACUACUUUCACCACUAA